AUGUUGAGAAGCUUCAGAGCGUUUUCCACCUCCAGAGCGGCCCGCCAGGUCAUUGGCGCCGCCAAGGGCGAAACUGUCAACUCCACCAAAUACUUGGGCCAAAAGUACCAUGUCAUUGACCACGAGUACGACUGUGUGGUUGUCGGCGCCGGUGGUGCUGGUCUUAGAGCAGCCUUUGGCUUGGCCGAGGCCGGCUUCAAAACCGCCUGUGUCACCAAGUUGUUCCCCACCAGAUCCCACACCGUGGCCGCCCAGGGCGGAAUCAAUGCUGCUUUGGGAAACAUGCACAAGGACGACUGGCACUGGCACAUGUACGACACCGUCAAGGGUUCGGACUGGUUGGGUGACCAGGACGCCAUCCACUACAUGACCAAGGAGGCGCCCCAGUCCAUCUACGAGUUGGAGAACUACGGUGUGCCCUUUUCCAGAAACGAGGAAGGCCGUAUCUACCAGCGUGCGUUCGGUGGCCAGUCCAAGGAGUACGGUAAGGGUGGCCAGGCCUACAGAACGUGUGCCGUGGCUGACAGAACCGGCCACGCCUUGUUGCACUCGUUGUACGGCCAGUCCUUGAGACACGACACGCACUUUUUCAUUGAGUUCUUCGCCAUGGACUUGAUGAUGCAGGACGGCGAGUGUGUCGGUGUGGUGGCCUACAACCAGGAGGACGGUACUUUGCACCGUUUCCGCGCCCACAAGACCGUGUUGGCCACUGGUGGUUACGGUAGAGCCUACUUCUCCUGUACCUCCGCCCACACCUGUACCGGUGACGGUUACGCCAUGGCCUCGAGAGCUGGCUUGCCUUUGCAGGACUUGGAGUUUGUGCAGUUCCACCCUUCGGGUAUCUACGGCUCGGGCUGCUUGAUCACCGAGGGUGCCAGAGGUGAAGGUGGUUACUUGAUCAACUCCGAGGGUGAGCGUUUCAUGGAGCGUUACGCUCCUCACGCCAAGGACUUGGCCUCCAGAGACGUUGUUUCCCGUGCCAUCACCAUGGAAAUCAACGAAGGUAGAGGUGUCGGCCCAGAAAAGGACCACAUGUUCUUGCAAUUGUCCCACAUCCCUGCGUCUGUGUUGAAGGAAAGAUUGCCUGGUAUUUCUGAGACCGCCCACAUUUUCGCCGGUGUCGACGUGACCAAGGAGCCUAUCCCUAUCUUGCCUACCGUCCACUACAACAUGGGUGGUAUUCCAACCAGAUGGACCGGUGAGGUGCUCAAGAAGAACGAGAAGGGCGAGGAUGAAGUUGUUCCUGGCUUGUUGGCUUGUGGUGAAGUUGCCUGUGCCUCCGUUCACGGUGCCAACAGAUUGGGUGCCAACUCUUUGUUGGACUUGGUUGUUUUUGGUAGAGCUGUUUCCCACACCAUCAGAGACUCUUUGACCCCAGGUACUCCUCUCAAGCCUGUUCCUAAGGACCUUGGUUUGGACUCCAUCGCCAACCUUGAUAAGUUGAGAAACGCCAACGGUACCAAGUCCACUGCCGAGAUUAGAUUGGCCAUGCAAAAGACCAUGCAAAAGGGAUGUGCUGUGUUCAGAACCCAAGAAACUUUGGACGAAUGUGUCAAGAACAUCAACGAAGUUGAUGAAACCUUCAAGCAUGUCAAGACCACCGACAGAUCCAUGAUCUGGAACUCCGACUUGGUGGAGACUUUGGAGUUGCAAAACUUGUUGACUUGUGCCACUCAAACUGCUGCCUCUGCUGCUGCUAGACCUGAAUCUAGAGGUGCUCAUGCUAGAGAUGACUACCCUGACAGAAACGAUGCUGAAUGGAUGAAGCACACCUUGUCUUACCAAGAGAAGUUUGGUGCUCCAGUCAGGUUGGAUUACAGAAAUGUCAUUAGCCACACCUUGGAUGAGAACGAUUGUAAGUCUGUUCCUCCAGCCAAGCGUGUCUACUAA